UAAAGAAACUACUCUCCUAUCUCCCCGGAUUCUCAUUAAGCUAUCCAUGGAGCACUAAGUACAACAAGUGUUUUUGUAGCCAUCCAAAACCAUCUCCUUGCUUAAAAAUCUGUGCUUGCAUUUUGGAAAACUAGUAGCCAGACAGGAAAAGUUUAUUCAGCUGUGCUUGCAGAAUGGACCCUGGAGCACUAUCAUCUACUUUUUGGGGCUGGGACCUUCCAAGACCUGCAGCUCACAUACAAAGUUCCACAGUACCUCCUGUAUUUGGAAACUUGGGAAGAAGCUUUCUGAUUGAUGAUUUGUUGAAGGAUGUGGACCCUUUGGCCAUGAAGUGCCUCCCUGUGGCUUACAGCCAUGUGCCUGUCACACAGUGCCCAACAAAAGAACAAUUUAGCUCUCUAGGGAGCACAUAUCCCAGAACUUGGACUUUCCAACUUCUUCGCACGUCAGACAGGCGACAACCUUUUUACCCACAUCCUUUUACAGGGGAUGUAUAUGAAACAGCUUUCUCAAAGUACUGCUAUCUGCAAUCUGCACCAUUCUACUCAGCUUGCUGUGGUGGGUCCUGUCAGCACCCUGCAUCCCCCACUGCUUUUCCAAGAAAUGAAAUGCUGCCGCCCUUAUGUGGCCAGGAUGCAAGCUCUAAGACAAGGCGUGUCAUUUUAAGAAGGGCGGUUUUUUCAGAGGAGCAAAGAAAAUCUCUUGAGAAGAUGUUCCAGAAGCAAAAGUACAUCAGCAAGGUUGACAGAAAGAAUCUGGCAGUAAAUCUUGCACUAAAGGAAUCUCAGGUUAAGAUCUGGUUCCAAAACCGAAGAAUGAAGUGGAGAAACUCCAAAGAAAAGUCAGUGCUUUCAAAUAAAUUUUUAAAGGAAGAUUCUGCAGAACAGAAACUCUCAAGGACUGUACAAUGCAUCCAUACACCCUGUUGAAAGGAGGACAAAUAAUCAAUCAAAGCAUUAAAUAUAAUAAUAUAGAAGAGUUCACAGAAACAUCAGCUGUGCACACCACAGGAAGCAGCCAGCGCACACACAGAGGGGAUAGAAUGGCAACGGAUUGGCUGUUAUUAGCCUAAAAAGUGCAUAGAAUUUUGGGGCUGAUUAACAUACGUAGGUACUAAAUUGUACAAGUGCAGCUGCAUAUAAGCUAAAAACUGAAAGCUAACACAGCAUUUGCAUGGGUAAUUUCUUACCCAUGUUUGUAAAUCAGUUUCACUAUGUAAUAAUUUUGUUUUUUGCAUACUAAAUACUUACACUACUGGAAAAUUUGAUGUUUAAUGUGAUUGCAUUCAUUUAUAAUGUGCUUUUUAAAGUAAUUUUAAAAAAGAGAAAAAUCAUGUCAUGUGCAUAAAGUUAUUUUUGCAAUUCACAGCUGGCAUUGGGUUGUCAUCACAAGUUAAAAAACUGUUGUCGUAAAAUACACGUGUGCCCUCUAUCUGAUUAGUAUUGAUAAAAAUCACCAGUCGCAUAUAUGAUGUUACAAUAUUAUACAGAAUGCUGUUGAGAAAUAUAAAAUGGCUGCUAGGAAUGCUGCCAUUAGGGUCUAACUUCCUCAUUAAGGACCAGGUCAACUGUAUAAAAUGUCUGGGUGGUCAGAAGAUUUGCAAAACGACAUAUGUUUCCUUCUAUGCCUUUCCCUCAAACCACAUUCAAAAUUUUAUAAAGAAAAGAUAUCUGGAACCUAUAAUAACAUUAGGAGGGUAUUGUGAAAAUUGAACACCAGCAAAUGAAAUCUACUGUACCUUCCUCAUUUUAUGGUGGGAAAACAGGCCAUAUACUGUACUAGUUUGGACAGUAAAAGUAGAUGAGGCCAAAAAACAAAAAGACACAUUGGGGCCCAUUUACUUACUCACGAACCGGCCGAAUG